AUGCUUGCUAUCAGUUAUACAGAGACAAGUGAAAUGGACUACUCAUAUAUGACCGACACCUCGCAGCCGUUCUCGCUGUACGACCUCCACAGCUUACCUACGCCCGAUGCGAGUCAAGCCCCUCCUGGAGCCGAUGACCUUAUUGCCGCCGCUUUGAACUACCGCAACAACGAAAACCCAAAUUCAAACAAUGAUAAUGCCCCCUUCGACUUGGGUUUCGGGCUAGAUCCCAAUACGCCUUUUGCCCAGCAUCAGCAACAUUAUCAGCAUCAUCAGAACCCGCCACCGCCACAUUCACCACCGGAGUCGCUGAAGCAGUCGUCGGAAGGUAAUCUGCACAGUCAUGGUAGUACUGGUGUUGCGGAGAGUUUGGGUAGGAGUAGUAGUGAGGAAAAAGAUGGGGGCGUUGUGGAUCCGAAUAAGAGGAAGGCUCAGAAUCGGGCUGCUCAACGAGCCUUCCGCGAGCGAAAAGAACGGCAUGUCAAGGAUCUGGAACAGAAGGUCAAUGACCUGGAGGGCGAAUCGAGCACUCUCCAUGCCGACAAUGAACGCUUAAAGCAAGAACUAGCACGCUUUGCAACUGAGAAUGAGAUUCUAAGAGCAACGUCCCAAAAUCACCCGCAAUCCAACCCCAGUACUCACCCUUACCGCCAUCCCUCCAACGAACCAACAACAACAGGGCCCAUGGUCUACAAACCCCUCGACUUCAAGCCUUCCUCCGCUUCCACUUCUACCCCCGCCAAACAAGGUACCGGUACCGGUGCCGCCGCCACCACUGCCCCCCACCGCAUAGCAACCUGCCCCCUAACCGGCGAGAGACUGCUCGAUACGGGUGCAACCUGGGACUUUAUCCAAGAGCAUGAGCUGUUUAAGCAGGGGUUGGUGGAUAUUGCGAAUGUGCAUGCGCAGUUGAAGCAGAUUGCACAGUGUAAUGGGCAGGGGCCGGCGUUUCCUGAGGGGGCUGUUCGGAAGGCUAUUGAGAGGUGUGCGGAAGGGAGGGAUGGGUUAUAA